UGAGAGGCAUUCUUCAGCUGCUCACAGGAGGAGGAGGUGGGAGGGGAAGUAACGACGUAGUAGCGACUCAGUCAGUCAGUGAAGUUUCCAGCGACUCAGCCAUCACGGUCUGAAACUCUUUUUUUGAAAUGAACAAACUCGGCGGGUGCGGAGGGGAUUUAAGCGGCGAUAGAAGACCGUGAUCUUGAGUGGUUCUUUGGGUUGGCUCGGUCCGGCCCGGAGGAUCUGAAUAUGGGUCAGACUGCUGUGUCUGCCGUAUCACAGCCUGCGAGCGUUGAUGGGUUGGAGAAAUCAUCAUCACUGGCCAGCUGUGACGUGGUGGUGGACAGUGCCGGCAAUACCCAGAAUGCCCCUGCAUCACGGCAGCCGCGAGGCAAGCUGUCAUCACUAGGAAAACUGUUCAAACCCUGGAAGUGGAGGAAGAAGAAGACCAGCGACAAGUUCCAGGAUCUUUCCAAAGUUCUUGAGAGAAAAAUCUCCACCAGACAAACGAGGGAGGAGCUCAUCAAGAAAGGAGUUCUCAUCCCUGACCAAGAUGAAACGAUCAGCAGUGAAAAUCUGAAUGGCCACGCCACAUCUAGUGUGACAUCAGAGGAGGUCAAAGUUGACAUUGAGUCUCCAGAAACAGCGCUGGAGGAACAGGCCGCCGGGCCCGUCAACACUGAGGACAAAACAGAGAGGUGCGAUACUAAAUCCCUCGCCCGGGCAAAACAGGUGCGACCUCGAGACGUUCAAGCUAAAAAACAGCAAAGUGCCACUCUGCCCGCCUCUUCCAAACCUUUGGGUGGCACUUCAGCCACAACCAAGCACAAAGACGCUGCUUCGGGGAAUAAAAAGACUGCUAAAACCACAGGCAAGACAGUCUCAUCCAUUCAAGCUAAAGCUAAUCCACGGAGCACUAACAACACUAGUCGGGGGAUUGCCAAAUCCUCCCAUCCAAAGAAGACAGGAUUCACAACAAAAAACACCCCCACCUCCAUCCCUCAUUCUCGUGCAUCUAAAGACUCUGCAGCACAAACUGAGGGGACUGAUGCAAGGAGCAACCGGAAAUCAAACACUCCCAUCUCUUCCCACGUACCCCAAAAGGCCCCUGCAGAGACUCCAUGCCAGCCUGGGGAGUUAAAAUCCUCGCCCCUUUCCUCAGACACCAAGCCAGCCUCAUCUAAAGCCUCAGGCAAUGAGGCAGAUGGAACUCAGGCUGCUUCUCAACCUGAUCUAGAGUCUAAAUCUGAUCCCAAUGCCUCUACUGCGAGUGAGGACACCCACAAUGGCAUGGCUCCUGAACCAGCUGUCCAGCCUCCACAUAUCAACACUGCUACAGAGGACACUUCCUUCACAGAGGGAGGGACGGACAGCAGCUCACAUGGGGAGAAACGGGGGAGAACGGGAGGGGAGGGAGGAGAAGAAGAAAAGAAGAAAGGAGAAACAGAACCUGCUGUGGAGAACAGCCGGAGGUCUGCAGAAGGCCACGCUGAAAGGCCACAGGGCCUCAGUGUGAACACGGAGCAGGCCGUGGUGACGGUGAUCCCUGAUAGGCCGAGAGACAGCCAAACUAGCGACUCUGACUCUGAUGGACCAAUCCUGUACCGCGACGAGGAGGAAGACGAGGAGGAAGACGAGUACACAACCAGCGCUCUGGCCAUUAAGAUCCGCCGACGAGACACCCUAAACAUCAAGCUGGGGAACCGACCCAGCAAGAGAGAGCUGGAAGAGAAAAACAUUCUGCCACGGAGCUCCGAGACGGAGAGAAAUGAGCUUCGCCAGAAAAUAGGCUCCAAACUAGUCAGGCGCCUGAGCCAAAGACCCACCACAGAGGAGCUGGAGCAGAGAAACAUCCUCAGGCAAAAGAAUGAAACAGAGGAGCAAGAAGCUAAGCAAGAGAUUAAAAGAAGACUCUCCAGAAAGCUGAGUGUAAGGCCUACAGUGGCAGAGCUUGUCGCUCGCAGGAUCCUGCGUUUUAACGAGUAUGUGGAGGUAACGGACGCCAAGGAUUAUGACCGGCGGGCAGACAAACCCUGGACACGGCUUACUCCCGCUGACAAGGCUGCUAUCCGUAAGGAGCUGAAUGAGUUUAAGAGCCGAGAGAUGGAGGUUCAUGAAGACAGCAAACAGUUCACCAGAUUCCAUCGGCCCUAAGCGUUCUCACUGUCAGCUGGACGUCAGCACCACAAGCUCUCCGGUCCACAGCUCCCAGCAGUCUCCCAGUCCUCCAGAUCCUCCAGAUCCUCAGUACACAGAUUAGUCCACUUUGCUUUGGGAUCCUCUUGCGCCUGAUGAUAUGUAUUUCUGUCUAAAGUGACAGCUACAGGUGUGUCUUAAGGCCUUGGCCAUCCGUGAAACAUUUGCACAUAUCUAUAGUCAGAACAGUGGUGUGUAUAGCACUCUGAUUAGAUUAUUUAUUAUAGAUAGCCAGAACCUGCUGGUUUUUUUAUGUUUUGUUUGUUUGUUUUUUUGUUUUACUUCAGGCCUUGUCAUGAGGUUCCAGGGAGGAAAAAUGUGCAAAAUCACCCUCUUAGUAGUGAAUGUGGCUCAGUUGUAUUAAAGUGUUAGCGUACUUGCCAAGGUAUGCCUUGUCAUAAACUGCCAAAUGGCCAUAUGUGGGCAUCCUCCUAGAACAGGAAAUGGGAGUGAUUGGAUGGUUGCGUGCUGAUGUCAGUGCCUGUGUCAUAGAUCAGAGGGGAGGAGAGGCAGAUUGUUCUGCUCCGAUGUGCCUCUCGGAGUUAAAUCUGAAAUACUGCAGUUCAUUUUUAGACAUAUUUAAAGUAUAUUGCCACUAGAGGGCAUUAUAUCAUAAGAGUUAUAGACUGUGAGGAUGAAGAUGUGUAUAUAGAUGAAGAAUAAUCUGCAAGUGUUAUAUUUAUAACUGCUGAAGCUGAGGGAUCGGUGGACACCUGAGGCUUUAAUAGUGAAGUGCAAUGAAAAUCCCUCUGCCAUCACAGCCAUUUGUAAUCCGCACACAAUGAUCAUGUACUAUUAUAUAUCUUGUGUUGAGUUAUUACGUGCAAACCUCUGUUCACAGAGUGCUGGAUUUUGCUGUUACUUCAGUUUUCAUUUUAGGCUUUUGGCUGGAUCUCUUUCUCAGAGAGACUUGGUGCCAAAGAAAAAGCAGGAAUUUGAUUGUUUGCUGGUCUUCUUAUUUGAAAGUUUUGACUUUGUUUGGCAAACUUCCUAUGGUGGAUUUAUGAAUAGAGAACAGGCACUGAGAGUGUCACCACUGAAGCAAUCUAAAGGCCUCUCGAGGAAGUCGAGAAGUACUUAAUUUUCCAUUUCCUUGAACAUGCUUUUGCAAUUUAAUCUGUCAGCCUGUGACCCUCAAGAGAGACUUGCUCACAAGUGGUCCUUUUACACCUUGCCCUAACAUGCACCUUGAAUCCAUAUCAUAUCAGCACAGUUUGAUACACUCUUUUGUUCCUGAGAAAUUAAAGGAAUUGAUAAAUGUUUUGGGAAAUACAGUAGAGCUGAAACAAUUAGACAAUUUUCAAAAACUUAAUUUGCAACUAUUUUCAUAAUUGAUUUAUAAUUUCAUAUAUUUUUAGCAAAAAUGUCCAAGACAUUGCUGAACAGGUGGGGAUUUAAUGCAGUUUUUAUCAUAUACGACAUCAAACUGAAUACUGUUAGGAUUCGGACCGAAUCGUAUUAACAGGCAAUUUUAAUAUGUUAACUCUGGGAAGUUAUAAUGGAAAUUUUCCAUUAUUUUCUGACAUUUUUUAAAUGAAACGAUUAAUCAAUUAAUAGAUAAAAUAAUCAGUAGAUUGAUCUACAGUCAAAAUAAUAAUUAGUUGCAGCGCUAAAAUGCACAUAUUCACUUUCUUGUUGAGUGUUCGCUGAGAAGAUCGAUUCCACCAGUUGGUGAUUAACUUAGCUCAGCAUAAACACUGGGAGCAGGGGGUAAUCGCUAGCCUGCCUCUUCACAUUUCGGCUUUUGUACAUAUUAAAGACAAUAUGUUUAUUAAGAGGUGCUGGUAGACUUUUUUUAUCCUUUGAACAGAGCCACCUAGCUGUUUCCCCCUGUUUCUGUUCUUCAUGCUAAGCUAAGCUUAUCACCAGCUGGUUGUAGCACCAUAAAUAGCGCAGACAUUAGAGUGGUAUCAAUCCUCUCAUCUAACUCUCAGCAAAAAUGUGAAUGAGAGUAUUUCACAAAAUGUCAAACUUUUCCUUUCAUAUCACACGUAUGGCAAAACUAAAAUUAUGAUACGCGUUAUAGAUACGUGUAUACUUAAGCAGGGACAAGGAAGGUUAUGAAGCAGCACAAUGCAUUUCUUGGUCCAUUUUAUACUCCAAUGCUCUUGUAUUUUGUGCACUCCUGGAAAGAUGUUUAGACUUUCAUAAGUCUGAAUUGAUUUUUCUUGGGAGGAGAAUAAAUACAAAUAGGUAAUGCAGUUGGCUGCACAACAACUUAACUACACUCAAGAAGAUUUGCCUUUGUUUAAAUGUGCAGAUACACAGAAAUGUUAGUGUGUGUGUGUAGAUUAAUGGUUUGUUAGCAACAUGGCUGAGAUGGUUUGGCCAUUCAUAUUUGGUGCAUUUAUAGAUUGUAUGCUUCAACGUGCUCCAAAUACUCAAGAUGUAUGUUAAUGCAAUGCUUUGUAAACCCAAAAUGUAAAGGGGAUCAAUUCAUGAUUAUUUGUUUCUUCGUGAAUGCCAGAAUGUUUCGCUGAGCUAUCAGAAAAAUAAAGCUCAGAAAAGUCAGAGGUGAAAUGUAGAAGGACAGAGAGAACCUGAACCGAUAACUUCCUCUCCAAAAUAUUUUAGGACUAAUAUAGAAAACAGGGACAGAAGAAAAAAACAAAACAUGGCGUGGAUGUUCACAUAAGAUUUAAACAAAAACGUUUUUUUUUCCUCCCAGCAUAUUUGGACUAUAAAGGAGAUGUUGGCUGAAAAGUGAUAGACAGAUUGAGCUUGCUGACAUCCAAAGGCGUGUGUUCUCACAAUAGACCUCCAACCUCGACGACACUCGUCAUUCUUGCUUCUGAAUGUGCAGAGGUUGUAACCUUGGUUGUAACAUGAAAUGAUGUACAGCGAUGGGAAAUAACCAACAGUAUUCAUUCAUGACAAUGUCUAUGUUGUUAUAUGUAUUGAUCAUUUUGUACAUAAUGUAUAUCGAGCAUGUGCAUAUUGAAAUCAAUUUUACUACCAAUAUGAUACAAUAGAACUUUGAUGUCAAUGUUUUAAGCUCUGAUUUUAGUUGUCUUGUUUUUUUAUGAUCCCCAGACAUUAAUAAUGAAAUGAACAGUCCAGUACAUGUAUCAGUGUUGUUUCUAGGCAGCAUAUUAAGCACAGUAUGUUGAAUAACUGUCACGUCUUUUCCAAACCUACCUGUUUCCUAAACACCACCAUGGACAAGCCACUUUACAGAUAGUGGUAAAUCUCUCACUGCUUAUUUUGUCUUCUGUUCCACUUUCACUUUAACUGAAGUUAGCAGGUGAAAUGCAAUAUAUAUUUAAUGGAUGGAGACAGUUUAAAAGCAAUUUAUAGCCUAAUCCUUUCUGGACUUCACUUCUGAUUUAUUUCUUCAGAUGACCCUAGGUCACCUUGCACAAACUAGAAAAAAACAAACCGGAUGUGACUUGAAAUUUAAACUACAUUGAUUUAGGCACAGUAUGUAAUCCAAGUAAGUAAACAUGAGUCUGAUCAGUUGCAUAUAGUGUGAAAUUAGCUUCUAUGAAGGUGAACAUACUGCAGCAAAUAAUGUAAUAAAAAUGUUAGCACAAAUUAGAAGUCUUGGUGGAUCAGCUUCAAUUCUGUCAUGGCUGAGUAAACAUGAAUAUGCUGCUUGAAUCUUUGUAGAAAAGAAAAUCUCUGAAGCAUAACUGGUACCAUUUAUUUUAACCCAGCCUAUUUAGCAUUUAUAAGCAGUUUAUAGUCAAUGAGUAAAUGGUUAUGUAGGUGUAAGCAGAUUGGCUAUAACCAAUAUUUUUCUGAAAAUAUAUCAAGUGACAAUGUGAAAAGGGUCGCUCAUGAUGAUAAACCAGAGAUUUAUCACCCAAAUCUGCAGCUUCCCCCGGCUUUACCAAGAUUUACAGUGAGUUUCAGCCAAGCGGCAACCUCCAUUGAUGAAAAAUGAAGCCGACGUGGAAGUGCCAAAACUGCAGUUCCUCAAAUGACCACUUGAGGCUGGCUCCAAAAAGGAACCAAUCCCCAUAAACCUCCAUGUUAAAUGUACUAAUUUACGGCAGAAUUAAGCAUUUUUACAGCCUUUUCCAAAAACGAUUUUGGUCUCUUUAGCUAAGUUCCCGCUUCAUGACAACUGUAUAGGGGGUGGAUCACCCGUUCAAAUCAUAUUAAGGCUCAAAGUUAUGCAUAAUUAAGGGUGUCCUGCUUUGAGUGACAAGUAGCUGCCAUCACAGGAGGCGAGUAUUAACUUGUAGGCUUCAUUCGGCCCCCCUCAGCUCCAUCUCUUUGCCCAUUUUUGGAUUAGCCGACGUCAGGCACUGCCAAGAUGGCGACAGCCAGAACCACCGGGAGCCGCCAAUUUUUAGCUUAAUUUUGGCUCUUAAGAAACCUAUGGGUGACGUCAGAGACUAUUGCAUAUUUUAUACAGUCUGUGGUUUCAGCUCAUUGUUUAGCUGUUCGGUUCACGACUUUACUGUUUUGGUUCACUUUCACCACUCUCAUAGUGUCAUUGUCGGCUGCGGCAUGCAGCUGUUUUCAGCUGUUAAAAACCUACUGAACACUACCUGCUCAGCACGAGACUAGUUAGUAACUAGCUGGUAAACAAAGUGGAGAAAUUAGCACCUAAAGAGACAUAUAUUUCCUUCAGGAGUUGGUAGAGACCAAAACGGAGAUUAAACAGAGUGAAUUUGGGAUUUACAUUUGCCAGUUGGGCUGAAACAUGACUCCAAAUGAAUAAUAUUGUUGCUCCGUAUCUGAUGAAUGUGUAAAUAAGCAACUGUUUGCCAUAUCAAUUUAAAAGUUGAUAAUAUGUCAAUACUGUGUUCACAACAUGUUUCCGCUGCCAACAAGUUAUUGCAAGUUUAAAUAUUAUAACAUUAACAUUCAUAAUCCUAUAUAAUGAUGUCUACACAUGUUUUGGACCCAUACUUAUAAAUGGUUUCAAACCUGUCUGAAUAAUUUCUACAUGUAUAUGAAUAGUUGUUAAAUGCUUUGUUACACUAAGGAUUAGUUGCAAUAACAGUUGUUAUACUAAACUAUCAAUCAUUCAUUCAUUAGCUGUUUAUACACCUAUUAUGGAUGCUUAAUCAAAAAAUGUAUAAUUGGUGACAAAUUACAUUAAACACUUAAAAAUGUCUUUCUAUUGGUUUACAACUACAUUAUAGUGUUACAAACCAUGUAUUAAGUGUUUAUAAACUGCUUAUAAAUGCUAAAUAGAGAUAAUAGGAGGAGAAUAAGAAGCUUUAGAAAUCUUACUUGUUUGUGAAUCUCCAGGGAAGAGCUCUAUUUUAAAACAGGUGACUUUAUUUUUUUGCAACACUGAUACAUAAAUCCCUAUUUUAGUCCAGAAUUAGCAUCUAGACAAAGCAGUUGAGAGCGUGGAAAAGCCUUGACAGUUGGUGUUCUAACCAGUCAGUAUUAAUCACAAGGAGCGAGUCCUGUAAAAACUUUAAUGGCUGCAGUCUGUUUCAUCUCAUCUUGUAUGGAACUAAAUAAAGCUUCUGAGACCCGAAUGUUGUAACACACCCCACAUUUCUCUGCAACGUUGAUAACUUGGAAUAUGUGAAAGUAAAGUAUCAAAAAUGUCCUGCCGUUAGAUUUCAAAAAGUAUUUCUCUAAGAUUCCAGUUGAGGGGGUUCAUUCACAGACACAUGCUUUUCCCAUCCGCUGCUGUUCAUUUGCAGUACUGGAGGCUUCCACCAGUUCAUGAAAAUGUUUACAUUUGAGGAUGUCUGCUGUUGUAAUGGUGCUUGAGGCUUCCACAAAUCCCCCCCCCCCCAAAUCAAAUCACAGAGCCAUAAUCAGGCUGGUGUUGACCGAAAGCCUUUAAUGUUAAUGUGUUUUUUCUUGAUCAUGUGAAAUCCACAGUAAGGUAUGUGAUUUGCUGGGGAUUUUGUGUCGGUCAGUCUCAAUAUAAACCCUACAAUUUUAAAUGCAUUGACAGUCUUUGAAAUGCAUUGUUUUUUAAUUGAUCUUUGAAGUCGCAAGAUGAUGUCAUACAUCCCAAAAACAGCUACUGUUACGUCCAAACAGUGUAUAUUGUUUUUGUAUAUAAAGAACCAUGGAAAAAUA